AUGAGCCAGGAACAUUUACCGGGGUCAUUAGAUGAUACAGACAGUCAUGAUCUAGUCAGGACAGAGACGGGCGACAGCGCGCUGGCUACCAAUGUCAGGAACCAUCCGAACCCUCCCGAGAUCAAAUAUCGGCCGUCUUCCAGGACGCUGGAGGAAACUCUAGCAGAGGGAUUGUCGAACGAGGACUUAUGGAUGCUUAUUCGGCGGUUUAACAAGCAAAUCUAUUAUGUGAAAGCCGCAGAAGAAGCCCCCCAAAAGGCGCUCGACCUUAACCGCGCUGAAGACGAAAAAUAUCCCCCUGAAAAGCUGCGGAUAACUCUGGAACGAUUCUAUACUUCCGUAAUCAUCGGAUUCUCUAGUUUCUUCAAUCAUAUUGGCAGGUUGCGGUCGUGGAAGGAGCCUCGGCGGACAGCAAAGUUCUGUGCAUUCUAUUUCGUCGCGUGGCUCGUCGAUCUCCUCAUUCCUGCCCUCUCCGGCGUCCUUAUUGCCUUAAUUAUAUUCUCACCAGUCCGAUCAUCGCUUUUCCCUGAGCCGGCUGAACCCGAUGCAAAGCCCGGGCAGCAUGAAUCGCACGAUAGUAUCACUGGUGUUUCGGAGGAACACAAAGGUGAAGCGGCUGAGCAAGAGGCUAGCAACUUAGUCAACAUGGUCGCUACUGUUGCUGUCGAAGGUGCUGCUGGGAAAUAUGGCCAGGGUGUGGCUGAGAGUUCAACUGAGACUUUAGCAGAGGGAAUCCCGGAGGCUCCGUCCAUGCCUGGUUCGACGGAAGUGGUGCCAGUGACAACGGAGGCGCCGGGUGAGAAUGCCCCGGCUGAAGACAAGACUGAGAAGCCUAUGAAGAAAAAGGUAUACAAAGCUACGAAUCAGACGAUGCGGGUUAUCAGUGAUAUUACAGAUCUUUAUGAAAGAUUUGCCAAUGUCUUUUCGCCAACACCGCCAUUCUUUGCUAUAUCAGCUCGUUUGCAAUUGGUGGGAAUAUUGGUCUCUAUCUGCUUUGCCUCGUACGUCACGUCAAGCUAUAUGAUUGUCAAGGGCAUUGGUUUCGCUAUCGGUUUCGGAUUCUUUGGCGACCCAGUUUUCGAAUGGACAAUGGACUUCUUGAACCGCAAAGUUCCAAACUGGAAGGACCAUUUGGAUAUGCAAAAAACACUUCUGAAAGGAGUCCCUACAAAUGCCCAACUCACCUUGACCCUCCUCCGUAUCGGCGAAAUGAACUCCUCCCCUCUCCCCCCUCCACCAGGCUCCUCGAACAUCGAACCCUCAUGGCCCAUCUCUCGCAAGAAAUCCAACAGCUCCAACAACCUCAUCACCAACGGCGACAACAACAACAACAACGGCAGUACUCAAGACCUCUCAUCCACCCUCCAAAAACAACCCUCCGCCGACUCUCUCGAACCCCCCAAACCCAGCAAACGCCGCUGGCUCACCAAACUCUUCAAAAUCUUCCGCCGCACAAUCACCACGGCCAUCCAAUCCCACAUCGCUCUCGAUCGCGCCAUGGCUAUCGCCGGCUCCGCACACACCCAAAACCUCCUCGGCAUGCUGCAACGCAAAGGCUUCAUAACAGCGCCCAUGGGCCCGCUGAAAUUCGAAGCGAAAUUCGAACGCAAGCGCGGAACAGUCGUCAUCGACUCCUCCAAGGAACCGCCUUUGCUUUACUUCACUACGCAGAACUCGGGUGCGCUGGAUGAUCUGCGGAUUGAGAACCAGAAAGAUAGUAAGGUGCUUUUUCAGAUCCCUGUUACUGAGAUUAGGGAGUUGAAGAAGACGGAGGGGCUCGGGUGGAAAGGGAAGUUGAUUGUGGAGUUGACGGUGAAGAGUAAGGAGGUUGCGGAUGGGUUGGUGGUUUGUGGGAGAGAGGUUGGGCAGUGCUACCAUUUGACUGGGAUGAAGGGGCGGAAUCAGUUAUUUAAUCGGUUGGUUGCGAUUGACGCGCAGUUCUGGGAGAGCUAUUAG